AUGCCGAGCUAUGCACAGAUUUUAAGAGAACGACUAAGAGAAUCAUUUCAUGACGUUCAGUAUGUGGAGCCUCCAUUUGAUGACUCAAUUGCUGAUAUAGGUAAAGAAUGGAAGAGUGCCCUGGCAAAAUUAAAGUUUGCCAAUUCAUACAGAAUGGAGCCAUUGAAGAAAUUCCAAGCUCAUUCAGUAGAAACUAAAGUCCAGCAGAUAUUAGUGAUUGCCAGCAGAGGGAUCUGGGACGUCGCAUGGGACAGCUGGGUGGCAGCCAAACACGAAACCGAGUCCUACGUGGCCUUGGCCUUGGUGUUUGCUCUUUACUGCGAAUAG